AUGGUGACGGACUCCGUGUCUUCUGGGGAAGUAGUGUAGUGGAUGAUCUGCAGAUUGAUCAUGACAAGGAUCGUGGAUCUGGGGGUUUGUACCCACCGCCUCAAGUGGUACAGGUAUGCACAGACUUGAAGUCGAUGAUGCCCGCGAUAUGACCGAGUUGGCAUUUUGACAACCUCGAGGUAUCUACCUUAGGUUGCUCCUGGUGUAGCGCUCAUUGAAGCCGGCGAUUUAAAUGCGAGAAUGCUUCUCUAUACCAAGGUUCAGUGCUACCAGAAAGUACGGUUGCUAGUCCAGGGCUUGCCAGCUCCAUCGGCGGGUAUACUAUUGCCAAUGAAGUAUAACAUUCGAACUGUUUGCGCAUGAAGAGUCAGGGGCCUAGUGAUUCGUUCGUGUCCAUCCUCUGCAUUCCCGUUCUGUGGGCAGCGGCCGCGCUGCUUCAUGGUUACCACUAGUCGUCGUCUAUUUGUAGUUCAUGUUGGGAUUUCCCCAGAGAUUCAAGUUCACCUCGACCCCUGCCUGGGUCCUACUACCCGCUGUCAGACGAGGGACUAAAAGUACCGCUAUCGCAACUUGAACGACUCACUGGCAUGCCAGCUUAGAGCUUCGCUCGUCCGAGUUCAAUGCCGACCGCCAACCUCGAGCUCCAGUCGUGAGCCUCGCAGUCCGCACUCGCUGUAGAUCAAGGCGCCUUGACGUCCGUCCUGUGCCGCCUUCAGAAUUUCCCCAGCACCGGGAACCUAGGGGUCUCCUAGCCCUGCUCGAACCGGUCGAAGUGGACAUGACUGCUACUACAUCGAUCACGAACGAACCUCCAGUCCUUUCCACGGCCCCGCAGCCACCUCACGAUGCACACGAGCGACUAUCCGCCCCGGCGUGGAGGGCUUCCCCUGAGCGCGACUCUUCCGACCCCUCUAUAACGUACUCGACGGAAGAACUGCUGCGCGCGUCUCAGCAGGAACGCGACAUGCCUGCCGGCACGCUGGCGUCGCUCAAGGGCCUCGGACUCGAUGAUGGGACACCUAAAGAACUGCCCCGACUACAAACCAAUGGGUUGCUGGACAAUGGACAGUUGGGGAACGGUGACCGACUGGAGCCGGUGCUUGACGACGAUCCCGCCUCCUUCAACCUUGUGUCUCCGCCGCCGGCGGCGGGCUACCACGACGAUACGUUCUCGUUGGAAAAACAGACCCAGGCUCUCUUCUCGAGAGGUCAUCUACAAGUCAUCUUUGCAGACCCAACAUUUCUCUUCCGAUUCACGUCCUUCCUCGGCGUCCACCGACCGCAGUCCGUGCCCAUCCUCGUCCACUACCUCGAUUCUCUCAAGUCGUUGCGCGCCAUCCACUACGCGAAUGCCAUUUGUGAAGGGCUUGACCCUGUCGAGGGACUCGACUUCACCCAGAAACCCAUCAAGCCGACCAUCAACACGUCGUUGGAAGAGAGGGCGUACAAGGCUUUUGACGUCCUGGUGAACGAGGAACUGCCGGCAUAUAUCACACACCAAUAUAUCCAGAUUGUCAGUGCUAGCAUAACCGCUCGAGUGACGGGAUCUCUGUCGCAGGAACUGCGUGAAGCCUCCGAUGGACUGGCGGAAGUGUUUUGUCUGACGGACCCGGCCAGGCACGACAAUCCCAUUGUCUUUGCAUCAGAAGAAUUCAACCGUACAACCCAGUAUGGGCUAUCAUAUGUUCUUGGGCGAAAUUGCAGGUUUCUGCAGGGGCCCAUGACCAACCCUCAUAGUGUCCGCCGGCUAAAGGAGGCAAUCCAGGCGGGGAAACAGCACCAAGAGGUGUUGCUAAAUUACCGACGAGAUGGCUCGCCAUUCGUGAACCUGCUCAUGGUUGCGCCUUUGGCCGACACUCGGGGAGUGGUGCGGUAUUACAUUGGAGCCCAAGUCGAUGUCAGUGGGCUGGUCAAGGAUUGCACAGAGAUGGAAUCCCUUCAGAGGUUGCUCGAGCUACGCGCACGCGGCGAAGACCCGCCUUUACCUGAACGGCCUUCUCCCGAGAAGAACGACGAGUUGAGGGAAUUGAGUGAGAUGCUCAACCAGGGGGAGCUGGACACUAUCCGGCGGCACGGCGGGAAAAUGCAUCGAGAAGUGACGGAGGAAGAAGACCUAGAAAGCGUUUCGUCGCAUCAACCACGGUUGCUACUGAAGGAUCCAGAGACACUGGCGCCGCCGUCCCUUGGACACAUCAAUGGCCGGCUCAGUGGCAUUUACCAACAUUAUAUGCUGGUAAGACCGUAUCCUUCGCUACGGAUCCUGUUCGCCAGCCCUUCGCAGAGACUACCGGGCGUCUUGCAGUCGCCGUUCCUCAACAAGAUUGGCGGCUCCAACCGCGUGCGCGAGGAGUUACGGGCGGCGUUUGCUGAAGGAAGAGGAGUCACGGCGAAAGUACGCUGGAUCACCCGCAGCGACGACCAGGGCAAGAACAAGUGGAUUCACUGUACCCCUCUCGUAGGUGCCGGUGGUCAAAUCGGUGUGUGGAUGGUGGUCAUCGUCGAUGACGACAGCCAUGAAAAGGCCGGGAACGGGAGAUGGCCUCCUGCGGGUGGUCGAUUGCCUCCCACGGUGGCCACGCCGGAGCCAGAGCGGAGUCGUACUCCCGCCGGUAGUGUCCAACAUCGCGGGCCACCUUCCAGUCACGUUGGUCCCAGCGGCGGCGACAUCAAUGGCGCCAUGUACGGCCGGAACAGUGGUGGCAGUUUGCUGAGCGGCAGCGGCAACGGCAGCGUAAACAGCUUCAGAAUUGGAUAAAGGUGGAAGGAAGAUGUUGCUCUUGACGUUGCUGCCGAUGUUUAAGAGUGAUCGAAUCUGUUUCAUGUGAAAAGCAGGCUAGCUAUCUUCAAGUUGUACCUUUUGAGCGCUGGGCGUAUAUGGGGUGGAAACUGCUUGACAUACUGUCCUUUCAGCUGAAUAUAAAAUCUUUAUGGUCGUACAUGCAGUACAUACCAGACCUACCUACCUACCUACCUACCUACCUGACCUGGUACAUAGCGAGGUAUUCCUUGCCUCUAGCGAGAAGGACUCAUUAUUGUGCCGACCAUUUCACUAGUGGAGGCGAGUCUCGACGCAAAGGGGCCGUAGGUACAGUACUGUUGGUACCUUGGUACAGCACGUAUAAUGUACUUCCAUUGGAAAUGCCACCGGGUCAAUGCUAUUUACAGGGGAUGGGCGAC